UAUAGCAGUAUAAGCAUGUCGAAAAGUGCGUCAAACAAACAACCUGGCAACCGGAGCUUCCGUGUGCCGGCCACCGUACUGCCACCGAAGACACGGCGCGGUUUGCAGCCAUUGGAUGGGCGAUCGACGCGAGCAGCGUCCACUGUACGAUCACCGGUUGCAGUUCGGACGGCCAAACGGCGCGAUGAUACGAUUCAGCUGAUGGAUAUGGACAAUACGCUGCUCAAUGCGGUCGAUUUGGAUAGUAUCGAGACGCAGCAGAUUACGUCGGCAUCAUCCACCGGCAGAGCACGCUCACCGUCGAUCUUUUCGUCCCGUGUUGCGAUGAGCACUCAACCGAAACGGUCACAUUCUUUGGGUGCGGUCCGGGGGGACAAAAUGACGGAAAGCACACCGAAGCGCCGAAAAUCGUCCGCCGGAGGACGAACCAUCGUUGUGCUGCAGAUGAGUAUGGAGGGAGAGGAGGUGGAAGGUGGAGAACAAGAAGCAACAAACGCCUCUACAAAUCGUUCGAAAAGCAGCAGCAACACGAAGGAUAGUGGUUGUUCCGAGCGGAAAACUAUCAACACCGGGUUUGAAGAUGAGGACGAUGAAGAAUAUCUGUUGGAUGUAAUGAUUCCUUGUGGUCAGCAGCAGCAAACGGAAACUACCGACCACUUCAUUCGGGACAAGCUUCGACGGUUGAGUGGCGUUCAGAACGGUCUAUCACAGGUCUGCUUGGAGGAUAACGCAUUCGAAGUGUUCACAAACCGUGCCAUCUACUCGCAAUACCUCCGACUCGAGCAAUCCGUUGUGGAUGAGGGUUUGGAGAAGAUUGAUCCUAUAUUUGGGUCCCAGGUGGAGCGUGAUCCUGACUGCCACACGUCACCGUUAAGCUCGUCGUUGCGCGUUGCGCACGGCAGCCAGCAGCAUCGGCUGCAGGUGAGCGAAGUACAGCGAAUUUUCGCCAACUGCGAACGAACGCUCCUAGAUCUGACGAAUAUCGUUCCGGAAGGUGGGAAUGACAAUGGUUCACCACAGCCCAAAAUUUCAUCGAGCCUGGCAGCGAUUAACUGGGAUGAGGAGAUCAACCAGCAGCCGGCCGGGAUAGCACCGUCUUCCGCCGCUCCGCCACGCGUUUCCUCGCUCUUCCUCGAGAAGGGUCCAUUUUACGGGUUACCGAACACCGUCCGACGAAUACUGCACGAUUUCCGUGGUAUCGAUGAGUUGUACGAUUGGCAGCGCGAAUGUCUCGCCCUACCCGCGGUACAGGAGCGCCGCAAUCUUAUCUACGCACUGCCUACCAGCGGAGGAAAAACGUUGGUAGCGGAAAUUCUGAUGCUACGGGAAAUUAUCUGCCGGUUGCGGAACGUUCUCUUCAUUGUGCCGUACGUAUCAUUGGCGCAGGAAAAAAUGAUCGCUCUCAGCCCGUUUGCGCUGGAGUUGCAGUUCCUGCUGGAGGAGUACAGUGGUGGCAAGGGACAGUGUCCACCGCGCAAGCGGCGCAAAAAGAACACCAUCUUCGUCUGCACGAUCGAGAAAGCGUUACUGCUGAUGGAUUCGUUGGUAGAAGCGGGCCGGGCGAACGAAGUCGGAUUGAUCGUGAUCGAUGAGUUACACAUGAUCGGUGAACAGCGGCGUGGCGCUUGUCUGGAGAUGCUCAUCACGAAGGUGCAGGUGCUGCGUGCCGGCAUCCAGAUAGUGGGCAUGAGCGCGACGAUCGGCAAUCUGACGGAAGUGGCCCGGUUUAUGCUGGCGGACGUUUACACUCGAGAUUUCCGACCGGUCGAACUGAAAGAGUUCGUCAAGUGCGGGGAAGAUCUGUACGAAGUACGAAGCCGGGAACAGGCGGGACACGCGGAGGAUGUUUUCGGCGAAAAGCGAACGCUUGAGUUUCCGGAGUACGCUGAAGAACUGCAACGACUAGAUACGGAUCAUGUUGUACGGCUAAUACUGGAGGUAAUUCCCGAAAGCUCUUGCUUAGUGUUUUGUCCUACAAAAAACAAAUGUGAGAGUUUGUGUGCAAUGCUGGCGAAGCAUUUGCCACCCCGGUUAGCAGAGCAUAGGGCGGUCGAAAAAGAGCAGAUCAUACGGGCGCUUAAGGAGGAUGGUUCGAUUGCUCCGAUACUUCCGCUAGCGUUCCGUGUCGGUGUGGCGUACCAUCAUGCCGGGCUAACGCAGGACGAACGUCGCACGAUCGAGGAUGCGUAUCGUGCCGGAAUUCUGUCUCUGAUCGUUUGCACCUCAACACUAGCCGCCGGAGUAAAUCUGCCCGCUCGACGAGUAAUCAUCCGUUCGCCGUACAUCGGGAACAGCUUCCUCACGCUGAGUCGCUACAAGCAGAUGGUGGGACGUGCGGGUCGGGCCGGUUUCGGGGAAACGGGCGAUUCGAUCCUGAUUUGUACCCAGCGCGAUAUACCGCAAGUUUGUGAGAUGCUUUGCGCCCCGAUGGACAUAGCCGAAUCGUCGCUAAUAGCGGACGAUCGGGCUUACUUUAAAUCGCUCAUACUUAGCGCCAUCGGGUUGGAUCUUUGUGAGACGCGGGAAGCAUUGCAAGCGCUCGUUCGGUGCACUCUAUUAGCACAACAAGCCACGAGAAGAUCUAUCGACCUAGAAGCUGUCACAGACGAAACGAUCACUCAACUUUACCAAGGGAACGCGAUUAAAGCGCGACACGACAGUUGUCUACGUAAUCCACCCAACAUGCUGGUAGAAAUUGAAUCUGACCUCCAGGACCGUAGUCCAGCAAAGACGACAAGUUGUGCACAGUACGAAAGUCACGCUACCGGACCGACGUUUAUCCGAGUGCACAAAGCGGCAGCACAUCCGGGGAAGCUGAUUAAAACGAUUCAGCGAACAAGUCCGCUGGAAGUGAAUCGGCUCGGGAAGGCAGCAAUUCGGGCAGGAUUUGAUAUGGAGCGAGCGGUUCGGUUUUAUGAUGAGAUGAGGGCGCUCGGGGAGAGUUUGUGUGUGUUGGAUGAGUAUGAUUUGUUGCAUUUGAUACUGCUGGAGGAUGGUCGUGAGGUGCAGCUGAAACAGGAUGAUUUUAUCAUACUGGUAAACCAAUUGUCCAAUGAGCAACUUAAGAUAGCUGAACGGUACGGUAUUAACAAUGGACUAAUUGCAAAGAUUCUAACGCGCCGGUCAAUGCUCGGAGACACCCAGUACAAGAUGAUGCGCUUCAUCCGGCUGCUGAUUGUGCACGACCUGUGGAAGCAAACCGCACUGCAGGAUGUGGCCCACCGGUAUCACGUGAAUGCAGGCGCCCUGCAAACUCUGAUGACUAGUACGGCUGGUACGGCUUACAGUUUGUUGCGCAUGUGUGAAGAGAUUCCGGAGCUGUGGGCGUUCAAGCAUCUACUAACGGGCAUGACGGAGCGGUUGACGCACUACUGCAAGUUGGAGUUGCUUCCACUGCUAGAAUUACCUUCGGUGAAGGUGGGUCGCGCUAGACAGUUGUUCCGGGCAGGAUAUACCACACUGGCAUCAAUCGCUCGGGCCAAAUCGAAAGAACUGGUCGAAACCAUCGAACAUAUGAACUACCGGACCGCGAAUCAUUUGAUACUCAGCGCGAAGGCCAAACUUAUGGAAGAAGUCGAUGCGCUACGCGAACAAGCAGAGGAAUAUCUGUCCCAGCUGAACCGUUAGGGUGUAU